AUUCAAGUGAACUCUGGUAUAGCUACAGGAGAUUCCUCACUGAUAAAGAUGCUGGACGAAAGGUUGCCUGCGUGAACAGCUGCUCAUGCGACAAGGACACAGGACAGCCCGUUGUAGAGAAUAGGGAUGAACGAGCU